GGGAUAUUUAAGGAAUGUUGGAGACUUGAAGCGAAGAGAAUUCCUAACCCUAAGGUUGUCGAAAAUUGGGGAUCUGAAUGGCGGCGGCGAUGAGGCUUUGCGUGCGGCGGGGUGCGGCGACGAUGGGUGGAAUGAAAAGAGAAGAGGCGGCAGCAGCGAGCAGGUUUUCAGAAAUAAUCCAGAGAAACUCUACCACUUCGGCACCAGUAGUAGUUACUACGGAGGAGAAAGUGAAAGAGAAAGACAAGACACAGGUGAGGGAACUUGAAAGCUUGAAAAAGGAACGGUCUUCUCUUUGGUCGAAUGUACCACGGAAGAAGACAGACGAGGGACUCGUGGAGCGGGUGUCAAAGAUAAUGGUGAAAGGCGGUUUCUAUCGAUUCUGUGACCGUUCCUAUUCUAGGGAGAGCUGGGACGCGGGGCAGGUAACUACACCAUUCAUUCCCUGCAGGUCUUUCGAGGUUUUAGGCUCUGAUCCGUCAAAGUGGCUGCCUCUGGAGCUGCCUCCAUGUGAUCCCGUCGUCCGCGAUGCUCUAUUACCUGAAAUUAACUUUGAAUAUCUCGUAGCCGGUCCCUAUAUCCUUCGUUGGGUUCGGGAGUAUGGCGGAGCUUUGCGGUUUGACGUCACUCGGCCCGAACAAGGGUGGACAGAGGUAGACGUUCCUGAUUUAAUUUAUGCAUUGGAUGAUGCUGAAAUGUUGCUAAUCGAGUUGCAGGCUGAAAUGUUGCUAAUCGAGUUGCAGCAAAGUUACCGUGAUGGCUACCUAAUCUUCGCCUGUAAGAGGGGAAGAUAUAGAGGUUUUGACAAAAAGGUUGAGCAUGAGAUACAAGUUGUCCUCUUGUCGCAGGAAUGUGAUUCUUCCAAACGUAUGCAACCUCUGCCCCUGCUGCCACUGUUGCCUCAUGAUUUUGGGAACAUAGCUGAAUGGAAUUUUCUCCAUCUAGGAGGUCAAAAAGUCCAACUUGCUCUCGAUGGCUCUGGAAUCCCCCAGCGGGGUGGUCUACCCUAUGUUAUAUUGAUAACAUUUGAAUAUGAAAUAAUUGCCACCGAGGAGGGCGAUGUCUUGGAUGUCAAGUGCACAGUGCGUACUAUUAGCCAUCACGAGGUGCAUCACCAUCCCCACAAGUUGUACCGGCCGACAUUAGCUUCCACAGAUACUUUAUGCAUCAAUAGGUCCCUCAUGCGCUAGUAAUAUGGUUGGGCUUUGUGGGCUUUUUUAGGCCGGGCCUUGCGGACUUU